GAAACAUGCAUUGUUAGGGUUGAGAGUUCAGUGAGUGUGAACGGUUCCUGUGGGUCAUUUGUCUGAUAUUUCUGGUGGUCAGUACUCAAAUACUGAAAUCAUGUCUGAGGAGGCAUUUCAGAAGGCAGCGGAAGAGGUGAAGCAGCUGAAAGCGAAGCCAACUGAUGCUGAGAUGCUGGAGAUCUACAGUCUGUAUAAACAAUCCACAGUGGGAGACGUCAACACCGCUCGACCUGGCAUGCUAGACUUCACUGGAAAAGCUAAGUGGGAUGGCUGGGAUUCGAAGAAAGGUAUGAGCAAGGAAGACGCAAUGAAGGCUUACAUCAGCAAAGUGGAGGAGCUGAAAAAAAAAUAUGGAAUUUAAACGGUUUCUGAUUGUGCUGUUUAUUGGUGCCACUUGUUUUAUCAUUGUUAAGCCUUAAUCUUGUUAUUGUGUGACCAUGUGCUCUUUCAUGUACUACAGAUAUCAGUAACAUAAAACCUUUCAGUGGGAACAGGACAUGAAACAUGCCUGUUCGACCUACAGAAACCGUCCACCAACAUCUGAGUAUUGAAACUCUUUUGUACAGACCACAAAUGAAAUAAAUCUUAUUGAUCUUAA